ACCCUGCAGUGUUGUCUUCCCUACCAGUAGACUGAAUGGCCAGACCAGACCCUGCAGUGUUGUCUUCCCUACCAGUAGACUGAAUGACCAGACCAGACCCUGCAGUGUUGUCUUCCCUACCAGUAGACUGAAUGACCAGACCAGACCAGGCAGUGUUGUCUUCCCUACCAGUAGACUGAAUGACCAGACCAGACCAGGCAGUGUUGUCUUCCCUACCAGUAGACUGAAUGACCAGACCAGACCAGGCAGUGUUGUCUUCCCUACCAGUAGACUGAAUGACCAGACCAGACCCUGCAGUGUUGUCUUCCCUACCAGUAGACUGAAUGGCCAGACCAGACCCUGCAGUGUUGUCUUCCCUACCAGUAGACUGAAUGACCAGACCAGACCAGGCAGUGCUCCCAGUGUAUCUGGACCAGGGACUAUUUGGCCUCAGUGACUGGACUCUGCAGUGUUACCAUCAGUUUUGGACUAUAUCAACUGUAUUCGGACUGACUGACCAGCUCCAGUGAUCCUCCCUCCUUCCCUUCCAGGAGAAAACAUGACCCCUCAGACCCUUUAAACUCAGACCCCUCCAACAGCCAGUCCACAUGGACACCACCUCCACCCACUGGCAGCUAGGCAUCCUGGGUAACGACAGUCUCAGCCUCCACCUCGACCGGCCGGGGUUCCACUCUGACAUCACCAAACAUGUAGGAGUCCAGGCUGCUUUGAUCACAGCGUAUAGUCUGAUCAUCCUACUGGGUCUAGUAGGCAACGCCCUUGUCAUCUACAUGAUCAUCCGCUUACGGAACAUGAGGACAGUCACUAACUUCUUCAUAGCUAACCUGGCUUUGGCCGACCUGUUGGUGGAUACGUUGUGUUUACCGUUCACACUGGUUUAUACCUUGCUCGACGAGUGGAAGUUCGGCGCGGUGCUGUGUCACAUGGUCCCGUUCGCCCAGGCGCUGAGCGUGCACGUAUCGAUCCUGACGCUGACCGUCAUCGCUCUGGAGCGCUACAGGUGUAUCGUGUUCCACCUGGGCCAGCGACUCACCUGGCGAAGCAGUUUGCUCAUCGUGGCUCUCACCUGGACGCUGUCCUCCAUGCUGGCCAGCCCGCUCGCCAUCUUCAGAGAGUACCGUCAGGAGGAGAUCCCGUCCAUCAACCUGAGGAUCUCAGUCUGCUAUGAGAAGUGGCCUUACGGCAGCAGCAGAGACGGAGUCAUUUACAGCCUGUCUAUGUUACUGCUGCAGUACGUGCUGCCACUCUCCAUCAUCAGUUAUGCCUACAUCUGCAUCUGGGUGAAGCUGAAGAACCACGUGAGUCCAGCGAGCCGCAUCGACGCCAUCCAGCGCAGGAAGAAGACCACCAAGAUGCUGGUUAUGGUGGUUGUAGUCUUCGCCACAUGCUGGCUACCCUUCCACGUGUUUCAACUAGCCAGUGAUCUAGACCUGGUGCUCAGCUUAAGACAAUACAAGCUCAUCUAUACACUCUUCCACAUCGUAGCCAUGUGCUCCACCUUCGCCAACCCGCUCCUGUACGGCUGGAUGAAUAAGAACUACAGGAAUGGGUUCCUCAUGGUGUUCAGGUGUGAGGCUAAACCAGACAGUGUUCACCCUGAGGGAUCCUUCAGGACCCGGUCACUAAGGAGGAUGUCUCUGAACAGGAGGAACGGAGGACACCCUCCUACUGCCGUCUGAUUGGUUGAUUGAUCUGCCGUCUGAUUGGUUUAUUGAUCUGCCGUCUGAUUGAGGCUGCUGUAUGGAGUGAUAUUAGCACCAUUAGAAAGAGAAUCUGAGGCUGCUGUAAAAAAUAUAAAAAAGCCUUGUGUGAGUCAGAACGGCCCGUAGGGCAGGAGUCCAUCUCCUGUUUCUGUAGAGGGAACCAGAACGGCCCGUAGGGCAGGAGUCCAUCUCCCGUUUCUGUAGAGGGAACCAGAACAGCCCGUAGGGCAGGAGUCCAUCUCCUGUUUCUGUAGAGGGAACCAGAACGGCCCGUAGGGCAGGAGUCCAUCUCCUGUUUCUGUAGAGGGAACCAGAACGGCCCGUAGGGCAGGAGUCCAUCUCCUGUUUCUGUAGAGGGAACCAGAACGGCCCGUAGGGCAGGAGUCCAUCUCCUGUUUCUGUAGAGGGAACCAGAACGGCCCAUAGGGCAGGAGUCCAUCUCCUGUUUCUGUAGAGUGAACCAGAACGGCCCGUAGGGCAGGAGUCCAUCUCCUGUUUCUGUAGAGUGAA